AUGGAGCAUAGAGAUGUCCAGGGCAACACUGACAAUGAGGACAAUGAUGACUCAUAUGUAAUAGGUGACUCAGAAAAGGGUUUAGAUGACGCUAGUGGUGAUGAUUCCAUUGAUGAUGACCUUAGUGAUGAGGAUGAUCUUAGUGGUGAAGAAGAAUUUGGCGAUGCUCGGGCCACCAAUCGAUUAGAUAUCGAAGUAGAUGGAGAUGAUGAGAUAUUUGAGGAUGUGGCGGAUGUUGACUCCGAUGACGGUCGCCCCGUUUGUCGUCUCACUGAAAGGGAAAUAGAGAUUUUGAGCAGGGUGUUGCCUGAUAGAGAGCCUUCAAUUGGUGAUUUCGAGGACCUUAGCCAUGGUCAUAGGGCUUUUGCUGAUGGUGGGCUAAACGAGAGCAGCAUCCCUGAUGUUAGUGUUUGUCCCAUCAUACGCAAGGGUUUAUUGUUUGCCAUAAUGGAUGAGUUGAAAUCAUGGUUGCAAGAGUACUCAAUUCUCCACCACCGUCCAUUUCGGGUGAUCAAUUCAUAUAAGGAGAAGAGGUACACCGUGGCUUGUGAGGAACAAUUGUGUCAAUGGAGAGUAUGUGCUAGGAAAACAAGGGCAGGCAAAUGGAAGAUUACCUCAGUUAAUCAACCACAUACUUGUGCUAGUGCUGACGCAGAAGACACUCAUUUGCAGCUCAACUCUAGGUUCAUUGCAAGGCAAUUGUGCCCUAUUGUGAAGCAUAUGCCAACCAUAACGGUGUCCGCGUUGGUUGAGACAAUCUUCCAACUAUACAACUACUACGUGAAGUAUGGAAAAGCAUGGAGAGCAAAGCAGCGUGCAUUGGAAAUAAUAUUUGGUAAUUGGGAAGAAGCGUAUGAGCGCCUACCGGUAAUGUUGAACGCAAUGAAAGCGGCAAAUCCCGGGACACACUUUGAGUACGUGCCUAAGGAAGGUGAAACAAGGAACGGCCGGGAGGUGUUUGGUAGGGCUUUCUGGGUUUUCGGUCAGAGCAUUGAAGCAUUCAAGCAUUGCAGGCCCGUUGUAUCAAUUGAUGGCACAUUUCUUACAGGGAAGUUCGAGGGCACAAUGCUUAUAUGUAUUGGGACAGAUGCCGAAGACCAGCUUGUGCCGUUAGCCUUUGCCAUUGUUCGGAAGGAGGACACCGAUAACAUGCUGGGAUUCUGA